AUGGACUUCUGCUUCUUCAUCCCCGUGAUCUUUGGGUGUCCGACCAAGAUCAAGCAGGAGGGUGAUGGGUCGGCGCGCGUGUGUCCUCGGUGCAACAAUGCGCAGGUAGUGCAGGCCAAGGCACGCACGUGGUUCGAGCUGUGUUGGAUUCCGCUCAUCCCCAUGAAGACCAAGCACAUCUACUACUGCAACAUCUGCCAGUGGCAGACGCAACAGGACGGAGGCUUCCAGCCCCAGGUAGCAGGUGGUUUCGGCGGUCAUCAGGGAUACCCACAGCAGCCCCAGCAGUACGGUUACGGUCCUCCGCAAGGAGGCCAAUACGGAUACCCUCCGCCGAAACAGUGA